UAUUCGUGUGCGCAUUUAUUAGAAGCUUUACGUUAAAUGUCUCCCCGUGUGCGCAAAUACUACAAGAAAUGUGUCAGUGGGGCAGAGGCUUGUAUCCAACGACAACAAAUAACGCUGAACGCCUUAUGAGCCAGCUAGCACUGAUAUUUACUGAGAAAUCUUUUAGAUUCUUCUCUACUUAAAAUUUGAAGGCUUUAAGCUAACCCUACCUAAAAGCUGAGCUUAUUUAGAGGAGUACAGCAUGGACACAGACAUCCUGAAGGCUCAGAGCACAAGACGAAGAGAUCUUCCCCCACUUUCACAUCGAGGUCCACGUGCAUUACCAUCUCUGCCAAGUCAAGACACAGCAGAUGAGAUGCCAAUUCCAAGGGCCAAGAAGAAGAAGCCCAAGCGGGAAGUGGACACAGAGGGAGUCGAGGGUCCUGAGGGAGAUGCUGGGAUGGAGAUGGGGGACCUGGACAGUCACCGGCAGUCAGAGAGCCAGGAGCGCUUAUCCCCCGAACCUCAGGAAAACCCACCGCAGAGGAAGAAAAAGAAGAAGAAAGCCCAAAUUAUCGAUCCAGAAGGUGACCAGACUGACCUGGUGCAGAACGGAGACAUGCCUGACCAGAACACAGACGAGGAACCCACACGAAAACCCAAGAAGAGGAAAGUGAAACCCAAAGUGGCAGACAUGCAGUUAAAUAACGAGUUAGCCGUCGAAGAUGAUGACAUCAUCACGGACGCCCAGCCCCCUAUUCCUCAGCAUGCUCUGUUCUCGGCCCCUCACGGUCAGAGUCAGCCCGUGGCCAAGGUGUUCAUUGAGAGAGGACGUCGUUUUCAGCCAGCUGAACGAAUAGACAUGCGCAAGACCAGCGAUCAGCCUGAACAGAACUUUAUGGACCUUCAUUCGAUGUGGACCACCAGAGACGUGUCCAUGAGAGUGCACCGCGGCUUCAGGGUGAUAGGCUUGUUCUCUCAUGGGUUCCUGGCUGGUUACGCUGUAUGGAAUAUCAUCGUGAUGUACAUUUUGGCCGGGGAACAGAUGAGCACUCUACCUAACUUACUGCAGCAGUACCACACACUGGCUUACCCUGCACAGUCCCUCUUCUACUUCCUGCUGGCUCUUAGCACUGUUUCAGCCUUCGACAGAGUGAACCUGGCCAAAGCGUCUGUGGCUUUGAGGAGCUUUCUCACUCUGGAUCCAGUGGCGCUCGCCUCUUUCUUGUAUUUCUCAGCCUUGGUCCUGUCUCUAAGUCAGCAGAUGACCAGUGAUCGCAUCAAUCUCUACUCUAACAUCAACGCUUCACUAUGGCUGCCUGAGUCUGAACACAGUUCACUCUACCCCUGGAUCAUAGUGAAUCUGGUGGUCACCUUGUUGGUGGGCUUGGCCUGGGUGUUGGUGUCAACCUCUCCAGAUGUAGAUUACACAGAAGAAUUCCUGAUGGCGAUGGAGAUUGAAUAUCCCAGAGCUGAGGAGAAAGACAUCACUGCCUGAGAUGAAGCUGCUUAAAAAAAUUACUGUGGGCCUUUUUUUUUGUUUAUUUUGAACACUCGUACAGUGUAUUGCUGUAAAUAAAGCUUAUAGGAUGAUUUUAAA